AUGAGUUGUAUAUCAGACUUGACACAAGAUUUUUAUGGAGAUGUCAGUGCAACCAAACCAUUCCCAUCUCUGAAAAAGUUGAGAAUCGAGAAGCUGCCUGAGUGGGAGAGAUGGCACGUACCAGAAGGUGAAGUCUUCAAUAGACUUGAAGAACUCAGUAUAAUUGGUUGUCCCAAACUGAUUGGAGAACUUCCCCGACAACUUGCAUCGCUGCAAAGCCUUAAGAUAUCUGGCUGCGGCAAUCUUGUGCGUCCCAAUGGUCAAUUGAGCAUCCUGAAUGGAGAGAAUCAACAAAAUUUUUCAUCUCUUCGUCAAUUGAAGAUUUCAGAGCUAGAAAAUUUGAAAGAGUUGCCCCUACAGUUCAACCAAUUAUCCAGGCUUGAGGAAUUGAAUAUUUCAGCGCUAAAAAAUUUGGAAGAGUUGCACCUACAGUCCAACCAAUUAUCCCGACUUAAGGAACUGACGAUUCGUGAUUGUGGGUCUCUCUCACCCUCGCACGUGAGUAGACCACCUGCCUCACUUAAAUCACUUCAGUACGACGGACGCUGCAAUUUGGAAUUGGAGAGUUCAAGCGGGGAGGGUGGUGGGGCCUUGGAGGACUUGACAUUACUAAAUUGUGACUCUGUCAAAGUCAAAGUCGAGUGGCUUGCCUCGUUUCCCAUGCUAAGAUAUGUUCAAAUUUUUAACUGCAGGAGUGUUGAGAUGCUCUCAGUUCCUACUGCACCUGCACUUGGGAUUGGGAAUCAGAGUGGCAUGACAACUACUACUACUACUACUACUAGUACUAGUAGUGUGAUGACGUCACUUCAAUCCUUGUACUUCUCGGGCUGCGAUGAUCUAAUAUUGUCUUUUCCAGCCUCCAGUCUAACGUCGCUUGGUAUCUACCAUUGCAAGAAGCUCACGUCGCUGCCGCAACGGAUGGAAUCCCUCCUUCCAUCUCUUCGAUCUCUGUGUCUAAGAAAUUGUCCAGAAAUUGAGUGCUUCCCGGAAGGGGGUUUGCCCUCCACCCUACAAUUUCUUCAAAUCGAAAAUUGCAAGAAGCUCAUGAGUCGCAGGACAGAGUGGGGUUUGGAGAAACUUCCCUUUCUCACGGGUUUGAGCAUUGAGAGUCCCUGUGAUGAAGUAGAGUCGUUUCCAGAGGAGGACUGGCUGUUGCCUUGCACGCUUCAAUCUCUCUCCUUGUCCUCCCUUGAGAAUCUAAAAGUGCUAAACUAUUCAGCUCUUCGACACCUCACCUCUCUUCAAACUCUACGCUUCACUGAUUGCCCUCGACUCCAGUCCCUACCGGAAGAGGGACUGCCCGCCUCCCUCACCGAACUAUAUAUCUGGCGCUGCCCACUGCUGAAGCCAAGGUUAGAAUGGGAGAAAGGACAAGACUGGCCCAAGGUUGCCCACAUCCCCUGCCUGCUAGUCGAUGGUGACCUAGUUCCUUGA